AUGAUGAAUAAUAUUCGACUGCAUCUUUCAAGAAUGAAUACUAUAGAUCGUGCACAUCUUGCUCAAUUACGCCCCGAGAAAUUCGAUGAGGCAGCUGUUAAGGAACAAAUCUUAUUGAUACAACAAACAUGUGAUGACGUUGAUCCAGAGAUUAUAUCAAUUGUCUUUCAUGAAUGCAAUCACAAUAUGCAACAAACGAUCGCUCGCUUACAAGCACGAGAUUAUGAAGAUGGUGGGUGGCAAAAGGCCAAACCGAGUAAUAAAAAGAAAAAUCAAGCCACUGCUCAGUACCAUCCCAAUGAUCAGAUAAUAAAUGGGAAUUCUCUAGAUGAUAGCGAGCGAUCUUUAUCUCAACGAACAUCUCCAACUUCGUCCCUUCGCGAUGGCCAUCGUCGUAAUGAUCGUUAUCAGUAUUCAUCAUCAGGACGUCCCAACACUGGACGACGUGGAAAUGAUUUCAAUCGUCAUCAUUACAAUUCGUCUAAUUCACGUUAUCCGCCUCGGCAACAUGGAGCUAAUAGAACUAAUCCAGGUGUGAAAACGAACACUGCACGCGAAUCCAAACCGGGUGAAACAAACCCGCCAACUGAGGCAAUCUUACCAACAUCGAACGUAGAAAAAUAUGACUCCACUGACAACAUCUCACAAUCGUCAAAUUUGGAUCAUUCAGAAAAGAAAUCAUCCACCCAACGUACAUCAUCAUCAUCGAUUCAUCAGAAACCCGUUUCAAUGCAUCGAACAAUCCAUUGUUCUACCGAGCCAAUCGAUAUUCAAUUUGGAGAUAUCCAAUGGAAGGAUUCCUUGCCCAUAACUGUUACUCCAACUGAUGAUGACACACUAAUCUCAACUGCACUGCCUACUUAUCACCAAAAUACGGAAGAUCAUGAAUAUAAUAACCAACAAAUGCAAGACGAUGUAUUAACAGCGAAUGAACAUGACAUUCAAUUUCUUGAAACUACUAAUCAAUUUUCAUCAUCAUUAUCAAUUAACGAUAACACAUUAGGACAUAAUUUAUCACUUGCUUCUAACGAUGGUACAUCCCAUUUGUCUGAUCAUCUAACUGAUGCACCAUCUGCUAUUCCAUCUCAAAUUUCAUCUCAGCCACAAGUACCAAUACAAAUUCCCAUAACACGUUUGCCACCAAUAUCAACAACUACGCCUCUCACUCUACCAAAUAAUAUUCAACAAAAUCCUACAAAUGUUACACCAUCAGCAUUUGCACCAUUCAAUAAUUUAAGCAACUAUCCAUCCGGUUCGCGAGAUUAUCCACAAGCAAAUCAAUGGAAUUCUCAAUCUCCGAAUUAUAAGCAAAAUCCAAAAGCAUCCAUGUAUCCAACAGGAACUUACUCACAACAAUCAUAUCAAUUACCGCCUCAACAACAACAAAUUUAUCUCGGACAAUUUCCAUAUCAUGCGCUUUCACCAUCAUUAGUUCGGCUAUACACACCUCUUGACUCUUGGCCAACGGCGAAUUACUCUGCACCACUUGAUACAUACCCAUAUCCACCGACCAAUUAUUCACCUACUUACUCUAAUCAACAACAGCCAUAUCAUCCACAGUUAAAUAGAUAUGAUUCAUCGUCUUAUGAUAAAGAGUUCUUUGCUAGUUAUGGUCAAACACGGUCGCUAAAUAAUGAUACUCUUCAACAGCAACAUCAACAACAAUCAUCAACAAAUGCACAGUCAAUGAAAGAUGCUCCUACAUCAAGCAAAUUAUCACCGACAGCAGCAGUAUUUUCUCAGGGAGCAUCAUUAACAGCUUCCCCUUCAACAACAACUGUCUAUUUGAAUCCGAUGGCUUUUCCAAUACCGAAUUAUGUAGGUGACAUGACAUUUCAAGAUCGACCCCAAUCUCAUUCAUCUGCAGAUACUCGUGAUAAUCGUAACGGUGCUACAUAUGGUCCUACAACCAACCGAAAUAACUAUCAUUACUACGGACAACAGCAACAGCGUAAACCAGUGCAUCAUAUCGAUUCCUUGCCAUACACAAUCACAUCGAUGUUUACUAGUAACCUUAAUUGGGAUCGGAUACCGACGAAAAUCAAACGUGCUAUCGAAACAAGUCUUGAACAUCUAAAUGAACAUAAAUUUGUAUUGAAUGAUACAAACAUUGAAUUCAUUGAUGACUAUUGUUGGGAUCUGAUUGUUUGUCAUCUGAAACAACUUUUACACAUGAAUUUAGCACAUAACAAACUGAAAACUCUAUCGUCUCAUAUUUCCAAUUUAGUUUAUCUACAGACAUUGAAUCUAACAAACAAUCAUCUUCAAGAAUUGCCUUCAUCGAUUGUUCUACUUUCAAAUUUACGAAUUCUCAAGCUUGGCCAUAACCAACUUUCGUCAUUACCUCGUUCGUUCAGCUCACUCGCAUCUCUUGAAAUACUCGAUUUGACUGGUAAUGAUUUGACUGAAAAUAGCUUAACCAAGGACUUUUUUCAACUUGGUAAUUUACGUGCACUUUAUCUUGGUGAUAAUUUAUUCGAAACAUUUCCAAGUGAUCAUAUCGAUAAACUAGGAAACUUGCAGAUUCUUGUACUUCGUCACAACCGUCUACGUCACAUACCGAAAGAACUGACUCAUUUGUCACAGCUACAGGAGCUUCAUAUACAACAAAAUCAAAUCAAUGUUUUACCACCGGCGUUUGGACAACUGGAUUUGGGUAAUGCUAAACAUAUUUAUCGUUUCGAAUCGAAUCCAUUUAUUCCUGAACUUGCUUUGCAAAUGGGCAAUUUGACGCGACUAGCGAGCUUUUUGAAAAGUGAUGCUUACAAAGAAAUUCAUCAAAAUUAUUAUCUCAAUUUCGACGAACAAGACACGAAAGAGCUCUUGCGAAAGAGUAGUAAGAAAAAUAAGAAUGUUUUCAGCAAAAUCAAAUAA